UGACAUACAUCAAGUGACGCGACGAAUUUCCUUCCAUCAUUCUUAAGUGUCAAUGGUGUUGGCCGUUUUUACGUCUUUGUAUUAAGGCCCCCAUAAUUCAAAUAUUUAUUAAUUUUAUUAUUUAUUUAGGUGUUUCUUUGCGUAGGAUAUAUCUUAAAUCUAAUCAAUCAAAAUGUUCAUUUGGGACUGGUUCUCUGGAGUUUUGGCAUCUUUAGGUUUGUGGAAGAAAUCUGGGAAGCUACUCUUCUUGGGCCUUGACAAUGCAGGGAAGACAACACUAUUGCACAUGCUUAAGGAUGACAGAUUGGCCCAGCAUCUGCCCACACUACAUCCCACUUCUGAAGAACUGUCAAUAGGCAACAUGAGAUUUACCACUUUUGAUUUAGGAGGCCACACACAAGCCAGGAGAGUAUGGAAAGAUUACUUUCCCGCUGUAGAUGCGAUAGUAUUCUUGGUAGACGCCAAUGACCGAACGAGAUUCUUAGAAAGCAAAAACGAGUUAGAUUCAUUACUUACAGAUGAAAGUUUGGCCAACUGUCCAGUACUCAUUUUAGGAAAUAAAAUAGAUCUUCCAGGUGCGGCUUCUGAAGAGGAACUUAGAACUUAUUUUGCUUUGUUUGGUCAGACCACAGGAAAAGGUAAAGUUCCAAGAACAGAUCUACCCGGUCGCCCCUUAGAAUUAUUUAUGUGUUCCAUUCUUAAAAGGCAAGGAUACGGCGAGGGAUUCCGUUGGCUCGCGCAGUAUAUCGACUGAGUUUGUCUCUAUUUAUUUAUAUUGUAAAGUUUUUUUAUAAUAAUACUACUGUGGUUAAGGAACAACGGUCAUGUUACGUCAUCACCCAUGGUUGAGGGAAUGUUAAUAAUUUUUAUAAAUACAUGGGAGAGUUUUAAUUUGUUACGUCUUAUAUUCCGAUAUGUCGUUUAGGGUUUUAUGAAAAUAUUUAUUUGCGAAAGUUUGUUAAUCGUGGUAAUCUAUAAAGUUUCACAAUGUAUGUAAUUUUCAUAAAAAAGAUGAAAUUCAAAAAUU